UGACGAAGACAUUGAAAUAUCACGAAAGGCUCGAAGAAAUACAAAAAGCUUUUGAGAACGUUGCUGAAUUAAUCGAGAUGUGCGAAAAUGAUCUGAAGACAGCAGAUAGAGACAGAUCCGAUGACGAUGGACUGGAUUGUAAUCCGAUAGAAGCUGACGACGCGAUGAAAGAUCUGGAAGAUUUUGGUAAGACGUCUCGAUUGAUUUAUUGCAAAUGAUGCCGCUAUUGAACGAAGACCAGAAAAGAAUCUUCGAUAGAGUGUGCCAAGUUUUACAAAAUAAAAAUCAGAUUCUGCGACUGUAUGUCAGUGGCGAGGGUGGUACAGGGAAAAGUUUUCUUAUUGAAACGAUUAAACAUUGGAUCAGAAUACAUUUGGAAAAAAUGACUGCCCUAUCUGCUCCCACGGGUAUCGCGACAUUCAAUAUCGAUGGCUUGACGAUCCAUAGAAUGUUUCAGCUACCCGUCACCCAUGAAUCUACGGCAAAGUAUACGCACUUGUCAGACAUGGUCUUGAAAACUUUGAGAGACAAAUUAAAGACUAUCGAAUUAUUUAUAAUUGAUGAGGUAUCUAUUAUUUCGAAUGUAACACUUAUGUUUAUUAAUCUACGAUUAUGUGAAAUCUUUGAUACGACAGAUACAGAUGAUGGUUUCUUUGGUAGAAAACAUAUUCUUCUUUUUGGAGAUUUGUUGCAGUUUCCCCCUGUAAAAGAACAAUCUCCGUUCGUUAAAAUGUCUCGAUCAGAGAUUCAGAAGUAUUUGGGUGCCAUGGGUGGAUCUGAUUUGUGGAAAUUGUUCGAUUAUGACGAACUCUUGAUUAAUACGCGACAAAGAGGCGACAGCACAUAUCGCGAUAUACUUUCUACAAUACGAAUAAGUUUGGUAACGGAUUCGGACAUCGAUGUUCUUCAAUCGAGAAAAAUUCAUUUCAAAGGAAGUAGUUGCGAUGAAAGAUUGAAUGAGCUUUGCACUUAUAUGACUCAAUUACCGGUUGAUACAAUAUGA